UUAACCACCGAGAAGUGUUUAAUAUAACUCAAGACUCUUUACUGGGAACCCUUUAUGUGUUAAGAAAAGUGUACACUGUGUCUUUUAAUAUUAAACCCAGGAACUACACAAAAGGCUUGAAAAAUGUUGUUCAUUUAACUUUGGGGAAGGAUUUUGGAGCUUAUGGUGAUAGAAAUCCAAGUGUUUGGUUUCACGAAGAUGGUUCAGGAAAGCUGGUUAUUUUUGCAGCUGUGAGUGGAAAUGUUAGUUACUGCAUUGAAACUCCUCCUCUUGCAUUAAAUCAAUGGACUUUUGUUAAAAUAUUUCAAAGUUUUUUGGACAGUAAGUAUUGGUUUUCUGUUGAUUUGAAUGGAAGUAAUAUUCAUAAAGUAGAAAAUUCUGAUACCAGAGAUUUCACAAAUAUAAAAGUGUAUGCUUCAGAUCUUUGGUAUGAUUCUCAAGAUGGUUCUAUAUCUAAUUUUUUAGUUAUCAAUGGAAAUGCUGAGUACCUUAUUGGUAACACCCUUACACCAUUAGUAAAAGGAAAGAUUAUUGUUGAGAUACCAAAGCUUGAUAAAGAAUAUAUUGUAUCGUUAGAUAUUUAUCCUAAUAAAUUUACUUCUGGUUGGCAUAGUGUCAUUUCUUUCAUUGUUAAUUCUGGUUAUGAUAUAUAUAGAGUUCCUGGAAUUUUGUUUCAUCAAGAUGGUAAUGGAAAACUUCAUAUUGAAGCUCCAGUUAAUGGUAACUUUUAUCGAUCUAUUAACACUUAUCCAAUUAGAAUAAAUUUUUGGUCAAACGUAGUUGUAAGUCAAGUUUUCAAAAAUAAUGUUUACAUAUAUACAAUCAUGAUAAAUGGACAAGUUGUUUAUUCCGAAAUUAACAACCAAACUCAAAGUUUUGAUAAGGUCAAAGUAUUUGCUUCUGAUCCAGCAUUUGAAGUUCAAGAUGGCUUUAUAAAAAACUUGUUUGUUAUUAAUGGAAUUUUAAAUAGUGGAAUGCAGCCCAUUUUACUUUCAGACUACAUCUACAAUCAAGAAGAAUUUAGCCCUACACCAGGCUUAUUACUUGGUACACUCAAUGUUUUGAAGAAAGUGUACACUGUGUCUUUUAACAUUAAACCAACAAAAUACACUAAAGGUUUAAAAAAUAUCCUUCACGUAACUUUAGGUAAGGUUUUUGGUAGUUAUGGUAAUAGAAAUCCAGGUGUUUGGUUUCAUGAAGAUGGUUCUGGAAAGCUUGUUGUUUUUGCUGCAGUGAAUGGUGAUGCAAGUUAUUACAUUGUAACUCCACCUCUUAAAUUAAACCAAUGGUCUUCUGUUAAAAUACAUCAAAGUUUAAUAAAAAAUAGAUAUUGGUUUUUUGUCAAUCUAAAUGGAAUGUAUAUUCAUAAAGUAGAAAAUUCUGAUGCUAGAGAUUUUAAAAAUAUGAAAGUGUAUGCUUCAGAUAGUUGGUAUGAUGCUCAAGAUGGUUCAAUUAGUGACUUAUUUAUCACCAAUGGAAAAGUUGAGUAUCUUGUUGGCAAUAUCUUAACUUCAUUAGUUAAUGGAAAAAUAAUUGCACAGAUACCAAAGCUUGAUAAAGAGUAUUUGAUUUCAAUUGAUAUCUGUCCUAAUAAUAGGUUUGUUCCUUAUUGGCAAAAUGUGAUGAGUUUUGUUACUGGUGCCAAUAAUUUAAAUAACAACUGGUAUUUAAUUCAUUACAUCUUUUUUCAUAAAGAUGGUGAUGGAAAACUUCAAAUUGGAAUUCCAACUAAUGGCGACUUUUAUCAAUAUUACAAAACAAGACCUGUUAGAUUAUAUGUGUGUACAAACAUAAUAGUAAGCCAAAAAUUUAAUGGCUUAGUUUAUGUAUUCAGAAUUAAUAUGAAUGGUGAGGUUAUUUUUUCUCAAACAAACAACCUAUCUCAAAGCUUUGACAAUAUUGCUGUAUAUACAUCAGAUCCGAAUUAUGAAGCUGCAACUAGUUUAAUCAAAAACUUUUUUUUAAUCAAUGGCUUUUCCAAUAGUGAAAUGCAACCUGUUGUUCUUCUUCCAGCAGACUUCAUUGACUUAACAGAAGUAUCAACUUUAACUCCAGGCUCAUUAGUUGGAACGCUUAAUGUUUUGAUGAAGGUCUAUACAAUAGUUUUUUAUGUGAAACCCAUCAUUUAUACAGAAGGCUUAAAAUAUGUCCUUAGUUUAACAUUGGGAAAGGACUUAAGCGAAAAUAAUCUAUGUGUAUGGUUUCGUGAAGAUGGGUCUGGUAAACUAGUUUUUUUUUAUGCAAUUAAUAGUAAUGCUACAUACUAUAUAGAAACAGCUCCCCUUACAUUAGGUGAAUGGUCAUCUGUUAAAGUAAGUCAAGUUUUUUCUGAAAAUAAUUAUUGGUGGUCUGUUGAUUUGAAUGGAACCAAUAUUUAUAAAAUUAAAAUUUCUGGUGCUAAAGAUUUUAAAAAUAUGAAAGUGUAUGCUUCUGAUCCUUGGAAUGAUGCUCAAAAUGGUUUCAUCACAAAUCUUUUAAUUGUCAAUGGAAAGCUGGAGUGUCUUGUUGAUCCAAUUUCCACUUCAUUAGUGCAAGGGAGGCUAAUAGCAGAGAUUCCAAAGCUUGAUAAAGAAUUUUUUAUUUCAUUUGAUGUUAAUCCCAUUAAGUUUGUUCAAAGAAAACGCAGUGUUAUUGAUUUUUUUAUUGGUUCUGAUAAUUAUGCUCUUGGCAUUUGGUUUCACGAAGAUGGUGAUGGGAAACUUUUGGUUUGUAUUCCUGUUACUCGCUUUAAAGGUCACAUAGGAUACAUGACUAAUCCAGUUAGAUUAAAUAUGUGGUUAAACAUAAAGAUAUAUCAAUUUUUGAAAAAUGCAGUUUAUAUAUGCAAAAUUAGUAUAAAUGGACGCGUUAUCUAUUCAGUUAAUAACAACAAAUCUCAAAGUUUUAAUAAUGUGAAAGUGUAUGCUUCAAAUCCAUGGGAUGAGGGUCAAGAAGGGAUGAUAAAAAACUUUUUUUUCAUCAAUGGAAUUUCAAAUAGCAGCUUGCAACCUGUUAUUCUUCUUCCUGAAGAUUUUAUCAAUCAAAGAAAAGAAUUAAUUUUGAAUAGAGGUGUAUUUCUCGGAACUGUUAUUACGCUAAUGAAGGUAUAUAGUGUGUCUUUUAAUAUAAAGCCAUUAAGUUAUAAAAGAGGUUUUAAUAGUGUUGUUCAUUUGACUUUGGGAAAUGAUUUUGGAGCUUAUGGUGAUAGAAAUCCAGGUGUUUGGUUUCAUGAAAAUGCCUCUGGUUGUCUAGUCAUUUGUGCAGCAGUAAAUGGUAAUGCUUCAUAUUGUAUUGAAACAUCUCCUCUUAUCUUAAAUAAAUGGUCUUCUGUUAAAAUUUAUCAAAGUAUGCAAGGUGAUAAGUAUUGGUUUUCUGUCGAUUUAAAUGAAGUCAAUAUUCAUAGAGUGGAAAAUUCUGAUGCUAAAGAUUUUAAAAAUAUGAAAGUGUAUGCUUCUGAUCCUUGGCAUGAUGCUCAAAAUGGUUCCAUCGCAAAUCUUUUGAUUGUGAAUGGAAAAGUAGAUUAUCUUGUUGAUGAUGUACCUGCUUUAUUAAUAAAAGGAAAAAUUCUUGGUGUGAUACCAAAGCUUGAAAAAGAAUUUUUGAUUUCAUUUGAUGUUUAUCCUAGUAUGUUUGACUCUGGAUGGCAUAAUCUUAUUCAUUUUACUAUUGGUUCAGACAAUGAUCGUUAUGGAGAUAGGGUUCCUUCUAUUUCUUUUUUUGAAAAUGGAAAUCUGCAAGUUGCGUCUUCAAUUAAUGGUUACAAAAAUUGGUAUUUUAAUACAGAACCUGUUGAAUUAAAUAAAUGGACAAACAUUGAAGUAAGUCAAAUUUAUAAAGACUCAUUUUAUUUAUACACAAUCAGAAUAAAUGGAAUGGUAGUCUAUUCUGUUAACAACAACCAAUCUGAGAGUUUUGAGGAUGUGAAGAUAUAUGCAUCAGAUCCGUGGUCUAAAGUUUAUAAUGGUUCAAUCAAAAACUUUUUUGUCAUCAAUGGCUUUUCAAAUAGCAGCACCCUACCUAUUGUUAAUUUCUCUACAGGUAUUAAAAAUAUUUUUACAUUUUGUUUUGUUUGUAGUAACUAUUACUUUAAAUAUGAAAAUCAAAAAACUGUGUUUGGCUGUUACACAGUUCCGGAUGAAAACGCCAAGCAUCACUUCACUCUAUUGCCUCACUCUUCUUCAUCUCAAGACUGCACUCUUUUUGAUGUUGUUUCUGAUCAAAUCGACCAAGCCCUCUCUCUUUAUCCAUCAGCUAAUAUUGUUAUUGGUGGUGACUUUAAUACUCUUCACACUGAAUGGCAUGGCUCUAUUGUCAUUAUGUUGCUGUCACAAGGUUCUCAAAAUGGUAUAUUAUAUUUACCUUAUUUAAGUCAUCACAAAUUAUACAUAAUUGUAAUUGCGAUAUUGGCUCCAGUUUUAUUUUUUCUAAGUAUAUCUGCUGUUGUUGUUGUGUUAAGAGUUCAAAGAAAAAAAAUUAAAUCUCUGCAAUCAAUAUGGAGACCUGAAAUUCAUAAAAUUGAAAACUGCAUUGGUUUUGAUUUAUUACCAAAAGAUGAUUGGGAGAUUUUUCCAGAAAGUAUCAGCUUAAAAAAUAAAAUUGGGGAAGGAGCUUUUGGUACUGUUUUUGUAGCUAAAAUCUGUGCCAAGGCAAUUUUGAAAACAGGGAAAACUAACCAAAUAUCAUCUUUGUUUGAUAUCAAAGAAGAUUCUGUUAUUAAUGUUGCUGUGAAACUUUUGAAAGAUCGUGCUAACUUAUCAGAGUUAAAUGAUUUUAGAGAAGAAAUCACUCUCAUGAAAGAAAUUGGAUAUCAUAAAAAUAUUGUGAACAUGAUUGGUUGCUCUACAAUUAAAAAACCUUUAUGUUUGAUAGUUGAGUUGAUGGAGAAUGGAGAUUUGUUAAAGUUUUUGAGAAAUAAACGUUCCAAACUUUGUACAUCCAAACUUAAUGGAGAAUCAGCAGUAAACUUUAUGUUUAUUCAAAGCUAUCAACGAGCUCUUGAGACAGCAUUAAGUGAGAAUUGCACUACUGAAUAUGAAGAUACUCUAGAUAAAAUUGGUUUAAUAACACCUAAUGAUCUGAUCAGUUUUGCAUGGCAAGUUGCAACAGGAAUGGAAUAUCUUUCAUCUAACAAACUAGUACACCGAGACCUUGCUGCAAGAAAUAUUUUGAUAGGUGCUCAGAAAAAUGUAAAAAUAUCUGAUUUUGGGCUAACACGGAGAAUCAAUGACGAAUUGAAUUACAUGAGCAGUAAAAAUCGUCGGUUACCGAUAAAGUGGAUGUCAGUUGAAGCCAUAUUUGAUCAAAUGUUCACGGUGUGCAGUGAUGUGUGGUCUUAUGGCAUUCUUUUAUUUGAAAUUGUUACGCUAGGAGGUACACCUUAUCCCAGAAUAAAUAAUCGCGAGCUUCUCACUCUUUUGAAAUCUGGUUACAGAAUGGGUCGACCAGAAAAUUGUUCUGAACCGAUGUACGAUAUAAUGCUGCGCUGUUGGAGUGAAGAUCCAUUGCAACGACCUACUUUUACAGAAUUGCGUGAACAAUUUGAUAAAAUUAUGUCUCAAGGUGAAUGUUUCAUGAAUUUUGAAAUUGACGAAGAAAACGUUUGUUAUAACGCUGCAUCAUUUAACAGUCUACCUGCUGAAACAGAUGAUGUUGCAUUAGAGGAAGAUAUUUUCCAAAAACCUUUUUACAUAAAAUCAGUUGAAGAAAUUAAAAUAUUGACUGAGGAAAGUUUGAUUUCAUUGAAUGAAUGAUGCAGAAACCAGCUUUCUACAAUGUGUGAAGAUUUGUGCAAUUAGUAAUUUCUAACACUUUAUUUCUUCUACUUUUUUUUUUUUUUUUUUGUUUUU